GUUCCCCUCGCUACGUCCUGCUUCUUCAGCCUGGAACUCAUUCCGGCUGGGUGGGUCUCGGCAGCGGCAGCUGUACUGACAGUGACUGCCCGCGAGCCGGACGGAAAUGGCGAUGUCGAUGUCGGACAGCGGGGCGAGCCGUCUGAGGCGGCAGCUGGAGUCGGGCGGCUUCGAGGCUCGGCUGUACGUGAAACAGCUCUCUCAGCAGUCGGACGGGGAUCGGGACCUCCAGGAGCACCGGCAGCGCAUCCAGGCGCUGGCGGAGGAGACGGCGCAGAACCUGAAGCGCAACGUGUACCAGAACUACCGGCAGUUCAUAGAGACGGCCCGCGAGAUCUCCUAUUUGGAGAGCGAGAUGUAUCAGCUCAGCCAUCUGCUUACCGAACAGAAGAGCAGCCUGGAGAGCAUCCCACUCACCCUGCUUCCUGCCGCCGCCGCCGCCGGAGCCGCCGCGGCCUCUGGUGGGGAGGAGGGGGGAGGUGGGGCGGGGGGCCGAGACCACCUCAGAGGCCAGGUCGGCUUUUUCCCCACCCCUGGGGGCGCCUCCCGCGACAGUUCAGGUCCGGGUGAGGAGGGAAAGCAGCGCACCCUCACCACCCUUCUUGAGAAGGUGGAAGGCUGUCGGCACCUGCUAGAGACGCCGGGACAGUACCUGGUGUACAACGGGGACCUGGUGGAGUACGAGGCGGACCACAUGGCCCAGCUACAGCGGGUGCAUGGUUUUCUUAUGAACGACUGUUUGCUGGUGGCCACCUGGCUGCCACAGCGGCGGGGAAUGUAUCGCUACAACGCUCUCUACCCCCUAGAUGGCUUGGCCGUGGUCAAUGUCAAGGACAACCCACCCAUGAAGGACAUGUUCAAGCUGCUCAUGUUCCCGGAGAGCCGCAUUUUUCAGGCGGAAAAUGCAAAAAUCAAACGGGAGUGGCUGGAAGUGCUGGAAGAAACCAAGAGGGCCCUUAGUGAGAAAAGACGAAGGGAGCAGGAGGAGGCAGCAGCCCCCCGAGGGCCGCCCCAAGUGACUUCCAAGGCCAGUAACCCAUUCGAGGAUGAAGAAGAAGAAGAAGAGGUUGUUCCUGAGGUGGAGGAAGAGAAAGUGGACCUCUCAAUGGAAUGGAUCCAGGAGUUACCAGAAGACCUGGAUGUCUGUAUUGCUCAGAGGGAUUUUGAAGGGGCCGUGGACCUGCUGGAUAAGUUGAACCAUUACCUAGAAAAUAAGCCCAGUCCACCUCCUGUGAAAGAAUUAAGGGCCAAAGUGGAUGAGCGUGUUCGCCAGCUCACUGAGGUGUUAGUUUUUGAACUCUCUCCAGAUCGUUCCCUGAGAGGCGGUCCCAAGGCUACUCGCAGAGCAGUUUCUCAGCUCAUCCGAUUGGGCCAGUGCACUAAGGCUUGUGAGCUGUUUUUGAGAAACAGGGCAGCCGCUGUGCAUACUGCAAUAAGACAGCUUCGCAUUGAGGGUGCCACCUUACUGUAUAUUCAUAAGCUGUGUCAUGUCUUCUUUACCAGUCUUCUAGAGACUGCAAGGGAAUUUGAGACAGAUUUCGCAGGCACUGACAGUGGCUGCUAUUCUGCCUUUGUGGUCUGGGCACGAUCAGCCAUGGGCAUGUUUGUGAAUGCUUUUAGCAAGCAGGUGUUUGAUAGUAAAGAGAGCCUCUCUACAGCAGCAGAGUGUGUAAAGGUGGCCAAGGAGCAUUGUCAGCAGCUGGGAGAUAUUGGAUUGGAUCUCACCUUCAUCAUCCAUGCCCUUCUGGUGAAAGACAUCCAGGGGGCCUUGCACAGUUACAAGGAAAUCAUAAUUGAAGCCACUAAGCAUCGCAAUUCUGAGGAGAUGUGGAGGAGGAUGAACUUGAUGACUCCAGAGGCUCUGGGUAAACUCAAAGAAGAGAUGAAGAGUUGCGGGGUGAGUAAUUUUGAGCAGUACACAGGGGAUGACUGCUGGGUGAACCUCAGCUACACUGUGGUUGCUUUCACCAAACAGACCAUGGGCUUCUUGGAAGAGGCCCUGAAGCUGUAUUUCCCAGAGCUGCACAUGGUGCUUUUGGAGAGCCUGAUGGAGAUCAUUUUGGUUGCUGUCCAGCAUGUGGAUUAUAGUCUGAGGUGUGAGCAGGACCCAGAGAAGAAGGCCUUUAUUAGACAGAAUGCAUCCUUUCUCUAUGAAACAGUCCUCCCUGUGGUGGAGAACAGGUUUGAAGAAGGUGUGGGGAAACCUGCCAAGCAACUCCAAGACCUGAGGAACGCAUCCAGGCUCAUUCGUGUGAAUCCCGAGAGUACAACAUCAGUGGUCUGAUGCAUGGAUCAAUUUAUAUAUAGAUACAUAUAUAUUGCUUAUAUAUUAUUUAUAUUAAGUUACAUUAGCGUAUUUUUUAUAGUCUCAAACACAGCUUAAAAUUAAAUGAUGCCCUCACAGGUGGAAAUGCAAAAUCAAAAGGAGAAAGAAAAAAUACUAAAUUAAGCCAAAAUAACAAAAACGAUGGAAUUAUUAAAAUACACUUUCCUUUUAAAUGAUGUUAAUUCUCUAAUGAAUAUGUGGUCACAUUAUAGUAUUUCAGCUUAUCCUUUGAGUCAAAGCACACUUUCUCGCAGUAUAUAUUAUACAGCACAGAGAAAUAAUGUCUAUAAAUGCAGAGAGUAUAAAUAUGUGGUGAAAAAUGUCCCAGUUCACUGAAAUGUUAGUUUUCUUCAAGUACUUAAAGGGUAUGAUACUGUAUAAAACGCCCUGUCUCAUAUAUUUCACCACCUUAAAAUGUGGUGGGACAAUUUGGGGAAAAGAAAGGUGUUGGAAAAUUGGUUUUAGGGUAUAUUAUAGUCAAAAGAAUUCUUUCUUUAAACUAGUGUGUGGACUCAGAUACUCUGGUCUUUAUAGAAUACAAGAGAAAGCUUUCAUAAACAUAUUUUUAAAACAUAAUUUGAUUAUUUUCAGCUGCUGAUUAAAGAGCAGCUCUAUAAUCUCAAGGACUGUGAUAAAGCAAUUUUUUCAGUGUAUUCCUGAAUUGUGUAAAUUUUCAGCUGGAGUUUUUGUCGUAUUAAAAAGUAAUAAAAAACAAGACACAUUGAGGAACCUGGCAGGAGUGAUUGUAGCCGCCCCUGUUUCAGUGUAGGUUGUGUAGUGGCUCAGACUUCAUGCAAAUGGGACGAAAAGUUCCUUGAAAUGUUAAUUGAGGUUUCAGAGUUUGUGUGCAUGGGAAAUUAGAAAAAAUCAUAUGCAAAUGCCAUAGUGUUCUCAAGUGUGACUACUUUGAGCAGAGAUUUGUUUCUGUUUUUGGUAACAAAGUAGAGAACAGAGGUGAGACAGUGUUCCCAAAGCAAAGGGAUGCUCCCUGCUGCGUUUUCGUUGUUUUUUAUUUUCCUUGCUUUGUUUUUUAAAAAUAUAAUGCUUCAGGUUGUUUAGUAAAACAAAAAUAAAAACAAAAGUAACUAAAGAAAUAUGAGCUUCCAAACUGUUGGUUAUGUAACAUUCGUCUUACUUAGAAGAAACUGCUUGCUGAGAUCCAUUUCCUCUUGUUGUUUUUGUCCAUAAGUGCCAUUUUUGAUGCUAAUGAUUUUGAAAGGUCAUUUCUUUUAUCUGAAUAAAAACGGUGGUAUUAAGACUGUGGGAAUUAUGUAAAACCUGACACAGAUUCAAAUAGUGGGUUAGGGUUGUAAAACUUGAAGUUACUCAUAUCCCAGACAAGCCCUUUUAUUUUUAGCUAUGCAUAUUUAAAAGGUUGAAAAUUAUCAAAGUUACAAAUUUUUUUUGACUACUUUUCUCACAUAACUUUAGAAUUUUCUAAAUAGUCAGACUAACUGGAUAUCUCAGUUGAACAAACAGUUAUAAUUUGUGUGUUUUAAGAUCACUGGAAACUUGAAUUUGAUAAAAUUUUGUGAUGAUUAGGAUUAUUUUGUGCCAUUUAAGGUUUCUAAAAUUAUAUUGUAUGAAACACAUAUUGUGUAAAUAUUUGAUGGUGAGUUCAUGAAAUUAUACUUCUAAAUCAAACUUCUCUUAAGGCAGCAUGAAGUUGUAAAAACUUAAAUGUAUAUACUCAGAUAUUUAAAUGGUUGCUUCUUCAUAGAACUGGCUGCUUUUUAAAACUGGAAGUGCAGAAUUUUCUUCUGUUAAAUGUAUGUGUUCCUUAAUCAGAGUUGUUGCUGAAGGAAGUAUGUUUUUGGUGAAUCAAUUAGUGUGGGAAGUUGAUUAAAGACCACCAAUGUCAUGAUAUACCUUUGUGCCAAGACAGAACAAGUAUGUUGCAUUCCUUUUCUGAUUAUUUCAUUUGAUUCCAAAACAAAUUCUAAAAAUUGAAUGCAAAAUUAUAGUACGUAGUGAAAUAUACCACUUAAGAAUUGAUUGCCUUUUCUCGCUUACUUCAAGUGUAACACUGUCACUUGAACUUGGAAUCACAGACUAGAUUGAAUUAAUUGCUGUUGAAAAAAAAUCCUGUGGAAUUAAGUCUCUCUUUGAUUAAAGCGUCAUUUCACUUAUGUGCUGAAAACGCACUUUUGUUUGUUUAAGUUACUACCUACAGUUUAAUUAUAAGCACUUGUAUUUUACAACUUGAUUUUAUACCUAGGACUGGGAAUUUGGGACUUAAUAUGUAGUAUAAAAUCAGUAUAUGUAAAUUUUGCUUACUGAUAUGAUACUGUGGUAUGAGGGAAUCUGAAAUGUGUUAUAAAAUAAAGCUUAAAUUUUUUCUUACACUGGAUAAAAUUGAUAUUGCAAUGUUAUAUCUAUUUCUCCUCUUUAAUUAGGAUUUAUUAUUCUUCAGUUCCCAUUAAGAAAAUAUUCUUUGAAGAGCCAAGGUGGUUUUUCUGUUGUUUGUUUGGUGUGGGGAGGAUAAGUAGGAAGCUGUUAGCUAAGUUAAGUAACUUCUGCGUACUGUCAGAAUUGCGAGUAAAUCAGAGAUUUAAGAUUCUCUUGAACGGGAAAUUUCAGAUGUACACAAUGUGAAUUUACACUAAACCGGAUUUGGAGCCCUGGUGGCAUAAUGGUUAACUACUAACCACAUUGUCGGAUGCCUUUCGAAUCCACCAGCUGUUUCUUGGAAACCCUGUGGGACUGUUCUACUCUCUCCUAUAGGGUCGCUAUGAGUCAGAAUUGACUUGAAGGCUACGGGUUUGGUUUUUUGGUUUGGUGCAAAUGAAUAAAUGAAGAAAAUACAAUGUAAACCACAAGACCUAGGAACUAAAUGACAAGGUUCUAUUUGUUUUGUUUUAAUAAAAAAAGUAAUAGAUACUGAGGGAACUGUCACAUAGAAUUGAUUUAAAUAUAUUUAUUGAAUUCUUAGGUCUGAUGUGGGGUAGGGUGCAAAAUAGAUUUAGGCUUGCUUUCUCCUACGAUGCUUAAAAUUUUGAAAAACCAACAAAUAUAAAUUAGAAAUAUAAAAAUCAACAAAUAUAAAUGCUAAAUGUAUGUUGCAGUUUAAGUUCACUGGGAAAACAGAUGAAAGAGCCGUUAAUUUUGAGGAGCUGGGAAAGUGCUUGUGGGAUUGGUGGCAUUGGAGCUGAUCCCUGAAGAAUGGGCAAGAUUUAGAUCUGCAAAGAAAAAGGAAGAACAUGGCACGAGCAGAGACACACAAGUGCAGGCGUGUGUGGCACACAUGAAGAGACCAGCUUGAAUGGAUCGCAGUGUUAGUUGGACAGCUUUGUGAAAUAAUGUUGGGUAGAGGGGCGAACCCUGUUUUGAAGAGCUUUGAAAGUCAAUCAUCAGGGUUUAGACUUGAUGUAUUGACUAUUGCAGAACCAUUGCAGGUUUUUAGCUUUUUAAUUACAAGAAAGGAAAAUUACGAAAAUAAUAUAUAUUUAUCAAGAAAGCUUCAAUCCAUACAGAAAGGCGGAAAGUGCAAAGUACAAAGCCUUUAUCCCCACACAACCUCCUAAGCUAUCCCACUCUUGCCGAGGUAACCACUGGUAAGAGUUGUUUGUAUAUUUUUUUGCCCUAGAAAUUGGAUCAUACUACGCAUACUUUUUGCCUCUUAGUUCUUUUCACUUAACAAUUCAUUAUAUUUAAGAUACCUUUUCACAUCAAUACCUAUAGCUGUACCUGACUGGGUUUUUUUCUGAGUGAAUAAUAGUCAAUCACGUUGAACGGACACAUCAUACUUUGGGGUUUCUCAAUUGCUUCGCAGUUUCCAGGUUUUCUUGAUUACAAAAAAUCCUGCAAAAAAGUUCCCUGAACAUAUAUAUGUAUAUACUUAUUUGUAUGGCUUUAUAAGUCACAUUUCUAGAAACUGCUCUGCCAAACUGUAUGUUUUAAAUUUAGGUAACAUUGCUCCCAAGGAAAGUUGUACCAUUUUGCGUUCUCCCCCAACAGUGUAGGAGAAGGCCUACUUCCCUAAAUGGCUCAUAAGCAUUUUAUUGAUU